UUGCGAUGUUCCACCAUCAUAGCAUCAACGCCGUGAAAAUUAAGUGAAAUUUCAUAGGCUUUUUGCGCGGAAAAUACAGUGAGAAAUCAUAUUUUGUGUAUCCCAGCGUGAUCGUGAGUGAGCGAGGUUCGUGAAAAUGCUCACAACCAAGCAGGAAGUUGAUCGGCACGUGCGCACGGCGUUUGCAAAGUUGCGCACGGAAAAUGAGAGAAAUCUCCGAGGAUAUCUCAUAGCGAAGCUGUACUUCAAGAUAGGCGAAUUUCCCAGUGCCCUGCACUACGUUUCCACGUACAUUUCCGUGAAGAGGGACAACGCUUCGGCGUACAAACUGCUCGGAAAGUGUUGCAUCGCCCUGAAGAGGGUGGAAAGUGCCCUUGAGGCUUAUCAAAAAUCCCUCCUGCUGGACCGCAAUCAGCCAGAUCUGGUCGUGGAAGUGUCCAAAUUGCUGCUGUCGGACGAAUCUAACCUCACUUCCAGCAAGGUGAAGUUCUGGAAAGAUCUCGUGAUGCGCGACGACUCCGUUCAGGACGAAUCUGUGCUCAAUCUGCGCCUCAAGCUCAUGUCCGCGAGCAAUGCCGGCGACGGCGUGGAGAGUGUCAUCAUUCAGGAGAUCCGGAAGAAGCCUCAGGACGUGAAUCUCCGGAUUCGACUGUUGAAGCAACUUCUGGAGCGCAAGAAGAUCUCCGAGGCGUUCAAGUACGUGAGUGAGAUUGAGACGAAGCAUCACGAGCAAUUCACGAGGUCGCUGGAGUGGUACAAUGCCGUGAAUCUUGUUCUGUCCACGUUCAAAAUCUCGGGCGAUUCCGUGAUCACCAACAAAGACUUCUGCUGUCUCUACCUGAAUGCCCUGGAGAGGCAGAUUCAUCUCAAUCUGGAGGCCGACUCGGCUCUGUCGUCCGUCCGUAGUGGCAAUUUGAGCGAAUGUGCUCGAAUUCUCUUCGAACUGGACCAGUUUCUUUAUCAAUUCCAAUUCUCGCAGUCGAGCAUCGAUUUGCGUGCCGAGGUGGGAAUUCAGCUGGUGAAUUACUUCCGCGGACAGUUUUGUCUGCACGCAGCGACUCUGCUCUUCAAGCGCGACUUCACUGGCAGCGUGGAAUGGCAAGAAGCCACGAAGAACAGCUUUGUUCUCCUGCUGCAUGCCUAUCAGUGUGGCAGCCUCGAGAUUCCGGACAAUCUGGUGCGUCAGGUGCCGGAAGUGAUGAAGCAUCUGUUGCUCGAGUGGCAGAAUCAGAGUGCUUUCCGGUGUCUUCAGGCGGGAAGGACACUCUUGGCGGCGAGCAAACAACAUCAAGACCUUCUGAUGCAGAUCCGCGGCAAGUGUUCCAACUCCGCGUGGAAACAGGCACUGUUCAAGCUCCUGUUCAAGUCCAGUGAUCAACUCAGCGCCAUCAGCACAUCAUAUUUGACCACAUGUGCCGCUCUGACUGAACCGCUGUACGAAAUGCCGACGGUGAAUCACGUGGAGGCAUUUGCCAAGUCAUCCAGUCUCUUGAAUCCCGCUUCUUUGGCUCAUCAAGUGUACGUGCGCCUCAAGACAAGCACUCUGUCCGAGUGUGACUUCACAGGAUUUGACUGUCUCAGCUUCUCAAUGUCCAAUCUCAUCAAUUGCGCUCCAACGACACUCAAUCAGCUGGACAUUGAGACUUUCCUCUACGCGACGGUGUUCCAGACGCGACGGGAGUUGGAAUUGGUCGCCCGGCGAGGUCAAUCUGGAUUGCCUGAUGUGCUGCCCUUUGCCAACAUCAUGCUGAAGAUGUGCACGGAGGAGCAGAGCAAUUGGUGGACGAAUGCGUACAAGAUGACGACUAAUGGCACGAUUGAGGACGUGGUGAAGGUGCGAACGGCAGUUCAGGACGGGCUUGAGGUGAUUCGGUGUGUGGGAAAUGCGCGGAUGGAUGCAAUGAUCGCUCUGAAGGUCGGUCACACGCUGCAGGAUCGCAUGGAGGGAUUCAAGAAGUCCGCCGAGAGGAACUACCUGGAGAAUCGCGUUGAGUUGCUGAACAGAUAUGCCGUGCGUCAGCUGAAGAGAUACCCAAGCGGGAGUGUUGUGUCCACCAGGAAGCUCUUCAAGUACUCUCCAUCGCAGGAAGCGUGUGCCAAUGAUGAGUUGGACAUGGAAGUUCUGGCCACGAAUGCGGUGAACUUCCUGGGAAAACUAUACACGGAUCGCGAGCGAUAUGACGAGUGUGUGGAGGAGCUGAGUGAGUCGAGUAUUGAAGGAGCGGCGUUCUUCGUGGCGGAGGCGAAUAAGAAAUUGGCCGCUGCCAAGACGCCUCAGCGUGACAGCACGCCAGUGGCUUCGCACGACAGUUCGGGGAUCGACAGUGCAUACAUCAAGCGACUGGUGCAGGCGGAAGUGCGCAAGCUCCAGAUGUACUCAAGCAGAGCGCACGAGGAGUCGGAGUAUGAUUUCCUGUCGGAUGAGGAUGCUCUGCAUGGCAGCGAGAGUGGUUUUCAUCGUCAGCGAAGAUCUGUCCUCACGGACAACACGCAGCAAUUGCAGCUGAUUCAGCAGAUGACGACACUCCUGAGCAAUCUCCAGCUGGACUUCAGUGAGGUGAAGAAGGAGCUGAGCGACGUGAAGGGACAAUUGUCGUCGCUGCAGGAGACUGUGGAGACGAAGGUGGCACAGAAGGAUACAGCUGCGAGUGUUCUGGAGGACAUUUAUCGGCUCGACGAUGAGGAGACUCGCCGCCAGCAGGAGAUCCCAUCGACGGAUUACUUUGGGAACUUGUACUCCAUGUACGGAUACUAUCCCACCGUGAGUGGCACUGCUGCUCAGCUGCUGCAGCAACAACUGCAGCGAAGUGCCGCCAUGUCGCUCCAUCAGAUUCCCACGACUGUGCCGACGGCAGUUCCUCUGUAUCCGGACACAGCAUCGUUGUCGGCAGCUGCUGGACUCAGUCUGAAUCCACAAUCGCCGCAGAUGCUGCAGCGACAGGCGCAAUUGUAUGAUACAACGCUGCGACUUCAGCAGUCUGUGAGUGAUCAGACGCCACAAUUGAUGUAUCCGACAGCCUCUCUGGCCACAGCGGCGGCCAAGAUGCAGAAUACGGCAACGACAGCGGAUCAGUAUCAGUACAGUAUGAACAAUUCGGUGGUGAAGACGUGGAACAGCACGUACAACAAUGCGCCGGUGGAGAAAUUGCCGCCGGUAAAUGUGGUGAUCACGAGUUCGGAUCCUCUGCCGACACACACGACCAUCUCCACAGCUCCGCCUCUGCUCAGUGUCACAAUUCCACCGCAGCACAUCAAGCAGAGCUCUGUGGUGCCAGAACUGUCGGCUGUGACACCGCCAAAUGCCGAUGUCGCUCAGCAGAAGCUCCAGGAAGACAGUCAAGUCGAUGCGGCUCUUCUGGAGGCUGAACAGAGAGCACUGAAGGCGUCUGAUGAGGAUGGUGAGAUUGUUCGCUUCUCCGGAGCGGCGAAACUCUUCCAUGUCAUCGAGAAGGAGUUGCUGGAGUGUGGCUUGGGUGAUUUGAAGAUCCUGCAGAACAAGAUGGAUCUCAAGCGCUAUCGCUUCUUCAUGCGACGUGAUCAGGGAAACAAAGUGUGUGCCAAUCACAUCAUUGCACCUGAGACGGAGGUGACAAUUGUCAAGGGCAAGGAUAAGACGUAUUCCUGGACAGCGACGGAUUUGGUUCAGGGAAAUCUGCGUUCUGUGAAGUUCUACGUGAAAUUUAAGACGUCAGAGUCAUCGGAGGAGUUCAAGACGGCUGUGGAGAAGAUCAAGAUGGAGCAGGGAGUGAAUAAGCAGGAGAAGACACCGCCACUGAGUGAUGCCAACAAGGUGAAUCCGCUGAGCAAGACGGUGUCAUUCAAUUUUGGCGAGAAGAAACCCGAUCCGGACAAGAAGAUCUUCCCGAAUCCCUUCAGUGGUUUCACAUUCGGGAAGCCCAAGGAGGGCGAGACUGAGAAGACGUUCAGCAAUCUCUUCACCGGCUUCAACACCAGCGGAAGUGAGAAAGUCGCCAGUGUGCUGAAUGAUUCGCGUGGCGACACAUCGCUUAAUAGAUCAGGAGAUGGAGAAGAGGAUGAAUAUGUGUCGACAGCUCAAUUCCAGCCAGUCAUUCCGCUGCCGAAGCUCGUGGAGGUGAAAACUGGUGAAGAGGAUGAGACGGUGUUGUUUGAGCACCGAGCGAAGCUCCUGAGAUUCGACAAGGAGUUGAAGGAGUGGAAGGAGAGAGGAAUUGGCAACAUUAAGAUUCUGGUGCAGAAGAGUGAUGCCAGUAAAGUGAGACUUCUGAUGAGGCGCGAGCAGGUGUUGAAGCUGUGCUGCAAUCAAUUGAUCACGGAGGACACGAAAUUCACACCGAUGCCGAACACAGAGACGGCUUUGACUUGGUAUGCUCAGGAUUAUGCGGACAAUGAGAUGAAGACAGACUUGUUUGCCAUCAGAUUUAAAACUUCGGACAUCUGCAAGGACUUCCACAGUGCUGUGCUGAAAGCGCAGGCAAAUCUCAAGGCGCCGGCGGAGAAGAAGACCGAAGAAGCAGCUCCAGUGAAGGCUCCAAUUGGAUUUGGUGAUGUGUUCAAGCCCAAAGCUGGCCAGUGGGAGUGCAAAGGAUGCUUCGUGAUGAAUGCUGCCAAUGUGACGGAGUGUGUGGCGUGCAAAGGUCCCAAAGAGGCGCCGAAGAAGGACAACUUCUCUGCCAAGGAGCUCACGUGCACCAUGAUCACUGGUCAAGUUGAGGCGCCCAAGGUGGGCUUUGGGGAUCAAUUCAAGCCCAAAGCUGGCUCGUGGGAGUGCAAAGGGUGCUUCAUUCGCAAUCAAUCCGACACGAAUUAUUGCGUGGCGUGCGACAGUCCCAAGGACGACACGGUGCCGAAGAAGAAUCAAUCUCUGAAUCUCAGCACACAGACAAAGUUCACCUUUGGAAUGCCGCCAAUCACUCAAGCUGCGCCAGCAGCGACUGUUCCAGCGACGACUUUCAGCUUCGGUUCCGCUCCGGCUGCCAAUGCGCCGAUUUUCUCCUUCCUGACGGCCACGAACACUGAGCAGAACGCACAGGAUGACAAGAAGCCUGACAAGGCGUUCAACUUUGUCUUCACCGCAAAGAGUCCGGGGAAGGUGAAGACGCCAGAGAGCACACCGGGAAAAGAUGGCAAGUGUGCGGAUGAUGAGGUGGUUCCUGAAGAGGAGAACAACACAUACUUCACACCUGUUAUCCCUCUGCCGGACAAGAUUGACGUGAAGACUGGCGAGGAGAAUGAGGAAGUGGUUUACUGCCAUCGAGCCAAACUCUACAGAUUUGCUGACAAGGAGUGGAAGGAGCGUGGCACAGGUGAUGUGAAGAUCCUGCGUGACAAGACAUCGAAUGUCCUGCGAGUGUUGAUGCGUCGUGAACCAAUUCUCAAGAUUUGCCUCAAUCAUCGACUCACGGAUGACAUCAAGUAUGAGAAGAAGGACGAGAAGUCCUGGCACUUUGCCGUUGAUGACUUCAGCGAGGGGGAAUUGGAGCCCAUGAAUUUCUGUCUGAGAUUCAAGACUGCAGACAUUGCUCAGGGAUUCCUGGAUGCCGUGCAGAAGGCGCUGGGUGAGAAAACUUCAGGAUCUCUGCCGAAUGGAGGAGACGCGAAGCCGGCUGAGGUGAAGGUCAAUGGGAGACUGAGUGGCGAGGCGGAAGAGGAGGAGAAGCUGCGAGUGAAGUUGCGACUGCCGGAGAGAUUCUUCGAGUACAAGACAAAGCCUGACUGCAGCGGUUGUCGCGGAUGCAAUGAUGAGGAGUUUGUAUUCGUCGAGGUGGAGAACAUCAAUGGUGAUCUUGUGGAUGAGAAUCCCAUUCCGCUGAAGUUGCCAGACAUCCCAGCAUCAUCACUCAUUAAGCAGGAGAAGACGAAGGAUUCGGUGGCGAAGAAUUUGUUUGGCACGCCAACAACGCAAUCGUCAUCCUUCAUCUUCGGCGGUGGCGCGAAGAGUUUCUCUUUCGGCACGGGAACUUCCAUCUUCGCGCCGACAUUUGCUGACACGAAGACAACCACCACAGCCGCGAGUGCGGGAUUCACGACAACCACAACUCCAGCAUCACCAUUCAGCACACCUUCGCUGGAUACGCAGAAGAAUAUCUUUGGAUCUGGUGGGAAGUCAGGCGAGAGUCUCUUCAAUUCCUCGUCAUUCUCGUUCGGAAACAGUGGCGGUGCUUCGAUCUUUGGAGGGAAUUCAACGGCCACGAAGACUGAGACUGUCUCGACGACGCCCUUCAGCUUUGCAACGCCCGCGACAACGACGAGUGGCAGUAUUUUUGGUGGCAGCGGCGGUGCAGCGUCGACGUUCAGCUUCGCAGCGGCGGCGAAGAGUCUGGAGACGAAGCCUGGAGUGAGUAUUUUCGGAGGAGCGCCGGCUUUUGGCCAGAAACUGGAGGAGAAGAGUGAGUCUGUGGUGAGCUCGGGCUUCACAUUUGGCAGUGCCGAGAAGAAGGAGCCCGAAGUGGGGAAGGAUAUUCUGAAGAUGGAUGAGAACUUGUCAUUCGCCAAUCUGGCCAAGAGUUCCAAUACGGAUGUAUUCAAGACGGCAGAAUCGACUGGUCAGAAGGGAUUCUUUGGCUUGUCACACAAUGAUGACUUCAGUCACUUUGGCGCUAGCAAGAAGAGUGAGGAAAAUGGCACAGGAAAUGAAGAUUCCAACUACGAUCCGCACUAUGAGCCCGUCAUCGCCCUGCCGGAGGAGAUCAAGGUGUCAACUGGUGAGGAAGAGGAGACGGUUGUCUUCAGUGAUCGAGCGCAUCUCUAUCGCUUCGAUGCGACAAACAAGGAGUGGAAGGAGAGAGGCGUGGGAGAUUUCAAGUUACUUCACCAUCCGGAGAAGGGAAGUUAUCGCUUCCUGCUGCGCCGAGAGCAGAUCCACAAGCUAGUGCUGAAUCAUGCCAUUUCGGCGGACUUCAAGAUUGCGCCCAUGAAUAAGACGGGCAGAUCGUUCUGCUGGGCGGCAAUGAAUUAUGCUGAGGAACCGGCGCAGACGGAGAAUCUGGCCGUGAGGUUCAAGAAUGUGGACAUCGCGAGCAAGUUCGAGAGGACUGUCAAUGAGUGCAUAAUGAAGGUGCAGGAGAAGGGCGAAUUGGAGCCGGAAGAUGACUGAUCCGGAUGAAUUUGUGGACGCUAGAGAUUAUUGUACUGUUUUUAGUUCUUUUCAUUUGUUCAUUUACGAGCUCUGGCUCUUGUCUUUAUCUUUUCACCGUAUCUUUAGAUUGAUCUUAUUGGAAUUUCUACACAUUACCAAUUCUGUUAGAGAGUAAAAACAACAAAAAAAAUGAUGAAAUAAGAAAGAAGAGAAAUUGCUUAAGGAA